GAUUUAUUUACGAGUAUUUCGACAAUUUAGAACCCUAGCUAAAACCCCCAAUCUUAUUCUCAGUUACCGUUUCCGGCGAAGAAACAAAUUCGAGACAAUGGCGUUUAGGGCCAGAGAGAUGAUGAAGAAACUUGUGAAGAAAAUCGGAGGCGAACAGAAUCUAGCUCCGGGAGUGAAAGAUGAGUUGAAAAAAUGGGUGCCGGAUCGCAAAAUCGUCAUGGCCCGUGCCAACCGCGGCCUCUUCGCCGGCCGCCAUAUCCAAUUCGGCAAUCGCGUCAGUGAAGACGGAGGCAACAAGACGAAGAGGUGUUGGAAGCCCAAUAUGCAGGAGAAGCGGCUCUUCAGUUACAUUCUUGAUCGUCAAAUCCGUGUCAAGGUGACUACUCAUGCGCUGCGCUGCAUAGACAAGGCAGGCGGAAUCGAUGAGUACUUGCUCAAGACUCCACACCACAAGAUGGACACAGAAAUGGGUCUUUUCUGGAAGGUUAAGAUUGAGAAGAUGUAUCAAGACCUUGGAGGGAAGCAGGUCGUCUUCUUUGCACCUGAAGAUGAGGCCAGCUUCGAAGAAAAAUUCAAUGAACUGAGAUUAGAACAGAAGGCUGGACGUAGGGACGCCAGGAGAAAGAUGUAUGGUUCUGCAUCCAAGCAAGAGCCAACCAAGGAUGGAAUAGAUGCGGGGGAAGUCAGUGAACCUGCGACGUCAAAAAAUGAAGAUGGGAGCUCUCAUACCAACUUCCAUGAGCCACUGGUCGCGAAUGCUUAGAGAUACGUCGGUUCUGCACGUGGCAGUCUUCGACUCGUCUUCUGGCAUUUCCACCAGAUAUGCCCCACUGCAUCUCGGCAAGAAUGACCAGUUCUGUUGGCUUAUUACAGUGACUACAUAAGUUCUCCACUUUUUGGAAUGUAUGUUGGAAUUCUACUGCCAAAAUAGUUGAUGACUGACAAGUAAAUAGGUUUUCUGGUAUUUUCA